AUGGUCCUCAAACUCCACGGAACUCCCCUCUCGACCUGUGUGAAACGGGUCCGACUGGCCCUCGAGGAGAAAGGGAUUGAGUACGAGAUCGUGCCGGUCGACCUGUCCAAGGGCGAGCACAAGACUCCGGCGUACCUCGAGAAGCAGCCUUUUGGCAAGGUGCCUGUGCUGGAGGAUGACGGUUUCUUCAUUUUCGAAAGUAGAGCCAUUGCCCAGUACAUCGCCAACAAGUACCGCGGCCAGGGCAUUGAUCUGGCUCCUUCGGAGUCGCAGCUGAAGGAAUACGCCUUGUUCCAGCAGGCCGUCUCCAUCGAACAAUCCUACUUCGACCCUCCUGCCUCGGGCAUCGCCUACGAGAAAAUCUUCAAGGCCUUCCAUGGCGGCGGACCCGCCGACGAGACCAAGGUCGCUGCGCUGGUCGCCAAGCUUGAAGAGACGCUGGCCGGAUACGAGCGCAUCCUCUCGAAGCAGCCCUACCUCGCGGGCGACAAGCUCACCCUGGCGGAUCUCUUCCACCUGCCCUACGCGACCCUCGUUGAGAAUCUGGGCUACAAGGACUUGUACGCCAAGUACCCGGCCUUCUCGAAGUGGUUGGCUGGGCUGCAGGCUAGGGAGAGCUGGAAGAAGGUUAAUGUCAAUAAAUACGUCACGGAGUAA